AUGAAACAGAGAAUAAGUUCUUUGGAUAUCGAGCUUUUGUAUAGAGAACUCAAGCCAAAACUGGAAGGGUACAGACUGUCCAACAUUUAUAAUGUCUCAGAUUCAAGUCGUCAGUUUCUACUCAAGUUUAAUAAACCAGAUUCUAAACUCAAUGUAAUAGUCGAUUGUGGCUUAAGGAUCCAUCUCACGGAAUAUAAUAGGCCGGUUCCACCCGCACCAUCAAGUUUCGUGGUCAAAAUGCGGAAACACCUAAAAUCCAAACGUUUGACAACAGUUAAAAGAGUGGCUAACGACAGAAUUCUCGUGCUUUCGUUUGCCGAUGGUCAGUUUUUCUUGGUGCUGGAGUUUUUCAGCGCCGGGAAUGUAAUUCUGCUGGACUCUCAGCGGACGAUCAUCGCUUUGCAACGAGUUGUUCAUGAACACGAAAACAAAGUGGGACAGACUUACGAUUUGUUUGACGAAACCUUUCUGAAUAAUACAACGAUCGAAACGCCGGCCUCAAAAUCCUAUACUUCCGAAGAAGUGGCAAAGUGGCUCCAAAAUGCAAAAGAUUUGGCUCAAAGUACGGUUAAAUCUCGCAAAUCUGAAAAAGUGUCAAAAGUGCCGUCUAUUCACAAGCUACUUUUUCUUCGCGAACCUCACUUGUCUUCUGAUCUUAUCUCUAGAAACCUCAAGUCGCGGGAUGUCAAUCCCAAUGCAUCGUGCUUGGAAUUCGAGGAUCGUGUGAGCUUAAUAGUCGAUCUUCUUAAUGCUACUGAGAUUGAAGUUUCAAGUAUUCUAGACUCAGGUUGCUCUACAGGGUUCAUCGUCUCCAAGAAAAAUCCUCUUUACAAUUCCGAAAAAGAAGAUCCUAAUACAGAGUUCGUCUACGAGCAGUUUCACCCUUUCACCCCAUUUUUAGACGGCAGUGUUAACAGGGAAGUUAAGAUAGUGGAGAUCGGUGGGUCUUACAACCACACAGUUGAUGAGUUUUUCUCUACUAUCGAAUCAUCUAAAUAUGCUCUGCGCAUUCAGAACCAAGAAUAUCAAGCAAAGCAAAGACUACAGGAUGCAAAAAAUGAUAACGACAAAAGAAUCCAAGCUCUAGUAGAUGUUCAAGCAAAGAAUGAAUUAAGGGGGCAUACUAUCAUUGCAAAUGCAGACCUAGUCGAGGAAGCUCAGAAUGCUGUGAAGACUCUUGUUGAACAACAAAUGGACUGGAAAACAAUCGAAAUGUUAAUAUCCAACGAGCAGAAAAAGGGUAAUGGCAUCGCUAAGAUUAUCAAGCUACCAUUAGAUCUAGAGAACAACAAGAUUGGGCUCAACCUUACGAUCGAAAGUCAGACAGGUGCUGAAACUUCUGAUGAUAACAGCAAUACCUCUUCUUCGGAUUCAGAGUCUUCAGGUGACUCGGAAAGCGACAGUUCGUUGUCCAAUUUUGAGGCAGAUGAAGAUGAAAAUGACAGUGGGACAUCGUCCAACCUUGCUAGUGUGAAGAAGUCUUCUAGUCGAGGCAGCAAACCUAAAUCGACUAUAGACGUAAGUGUCGAUCUUUCGCUCUCGGCUUAUGCUAAUGCAUCAAACUACUUUGACAUCAAGAAGUCAACACUAGAAAAGCAGAAAAAAGUGGAGCAAAAUGCUAACAAAGCUUUAAAAAAUAUUGAGCAACGGAUUGAACGCGAUCUAAAGAAAAAGCUCAAAGAAACGCAUGAUGUACUGAACAGAACUAGAUCACCUUAUUUCUUCGAGAAAUACAAUUGGUUCAUUUCUAGCGAGGGGUUUUUGGUUUUAAUGGGCAAAAGUGGACCGGAAUCUGACCAGAUUUUCAGUAGAUAUAUUCAAGACAAUGAUGUGCUUGUUUCAAACAGCUUUGACAUCACUGUGUGGAUAAAGAACCCCGAUGAGACAGAAAUUCCACCAAAUACCCUGAUGCAAGCAGGAAUUAUGUGUAUGUCAGCAUCUCCUGCCUGGUCCAAAAAAAUCCAGUCUUCUGCCUGGUGGUGUUUUGCCAAAAACCUGAGCAAAUUUGACAGCUAUGGCGGAGAAGUUUUACCACCUGGAAUUUUUCAAUUGAAAAAUGAGAAGCAGAAAUCGUUCCUUCCUCCUUCGCCAUUGGUCAUGGGUUUCGCAUUCUUGUGGAAGACUAAUUUAACUGAGUCUGAAGGUGGAGAGCUUGGAGAUCUGCACGAUGCUCUGCAAGAUGAGGACGAUAAUGGACAGAAUGUGUCAGAUGGUGAGGAAGACGAAGACGCUGUGGAAGUUGAGACAACUAACACUGAUGAUGCUACUGACAGAGUCAAAGCUGGGCUAGGACAGCUGAACUUGGGCAGCCCCAUCGGCGAGAAAUUGCGUGUUGAGCCCGGAGCGUGGACUGCCGACCAAGACAGCGAGCUCGGAAAGAAGUCAUCCGAAAGUAUGGUACUCGGAAAACAGGCAGCCGGUGAGGAAAGAAGGGUCGGGGCACACUCAUCCGCGACUGAUGAUGACGGAACACAGACUUCCGCUCGGACAGCAUUUACCGGAGCAGACUCUUCCGUCAGUAACAAACCCGAUUCACAGCUUACCGCUGCAAUUUCCGAAGUCUCGGAACCUUUGAUCAAUGUACCCGCCAGAAAGGUCAGAGGGAAGAAAGGUAAGAUCAAAAAGAUGAUGAGGAAAUAUGCCGAUCAGGAUGAAGAGGAGAAAAAAAUGAGGCUCGAAGUUUUAGGUACACUCAAAGGAGCUGAAAAACAGAGAAGCAAGGAGGAAGAAGAAAGGUUGAAGCAGCAAGAAAGAGAGUAUAAGAAGGCAAGACGUGAAAGACAGAAAGAACAACAAUCACUCAAGUUCGAUCCCAAAGAGAAAGUGAACGUAAAUUAUCAUAAAAUUUUGAAUGAGUUAAGUCCUGUGCCAGCAAAUGAUAGCGUAAAAGAAGUGAUUCCGGUGUUUGCUCCUUGGACCGCUUUGAACAAAUACAAAUACAAGGUUAAGAUUCAACCUGGUAACGCUAAAAAGACGAAAACUUUGCAUGAGAUUCUCCACCACUUUUUGAGCAGAAAAGUUGACGAAGAGAGUGUCGACAAGGAAGUAGACUGGCCUAUUGAACAUGAACAUAUCAAGGCCUUGAAAGAUCUGGAGCUCGUACCUCUCAUUUACACAGACAAAUUGAAGGCAACCAUACCCGGGCAGAACGAUGCGAAAGGCAAACCUAAAGGAGGUGCUAAGGGGAAGGGCAGGAAGGCUGGCAAAUAA